AUGGGAGUCGCUCGAGUACUUCUGGUCCUCAUCUCCACCUUCGUCGCUGUUCCCGCCCUCUCUCGUCCUUCUCCGGCCGCCGACACCAAUGGAGAAGCUCUGCAACUCCGCCUCUUCCACCGAAGCGAACUCAAAUUCCUGCAGGACGCCGAGGACGACCCCGCGGGCGAUGCGUUUCGCCGCUUUGUCGAGAUUGCCAGACGCGACCAGCUUCGCCAGAAGCACAUUGCCAGGACGCUGCUCUCUCCUCGCCGUAGGGCGUCCGAGGUCUCGUUCGAGGCGCCAAUCUCGUCGGGGGCCUACGCCGGCGUCGGACAGUACUUCGUCAAGCUUAACGUCGGCUCUCCGGCGAAGGAGCACCUCCUCGUCGCCGACACAGGAAGCGACGCCACCUGGAUAAAGUGCCAAACUGGAUGCGCCCCAUCGUCGUCCUUCGUUCCGUACAGGUGCUCAUCCGAUUCGUGCAAAUCCCUGCCUUUCUCGUUGACGACGUGCCCCUCGCCGGCGAGUCCGUGCCUUUACGACUACCAAUACGCCGACGGAUCGUUCACAAAAGGCACAUAUGGCAACGAGACGGUUACCUUCACGUCACCGGAUGGAACCGUCUCGACGAUCCGAGAUGUUCUUGUGGGCCGCAGCUCGGAGUUCGAGGGGACGUCCUUCAACAAGGCGGACGGCGUCCUCGCCCUGGGCUUCAGCGCCAUGUCCUUCGCCAUCGCCGCGGCGCAAAUCUACGGCGCGAAAUUUUCCUACUGCCUGGUGGAUCACCUCAGCAUGAAGGACUCUAACUACCUCGUCGUCGGAGACAACCCCCGCGUAUCGAAUCGGUCCAAUCUGCAGUUCACACCGCUCGUCUUCGACCCGCGGAUCCAGCCGUUCUACGGCCUCCAGGUCGACGGAAUCUCGCUGGACGGCAAGAUUCUCCCGAUUUAUCCUUCCGUCUGGAAAUUCGUCUUCUCGAACUAUUCGAUCACGGGAGGGGCCAUUAUCGACUCGGGCAUGACCCUUACGAGCUUGGUCCGGCCGGCCUACGACGUCGUCUUGGCCAACUUCCAGUCAUAUUUUCAGGAUUUUCCGACGUUCACGCAACCACCGUUUGACUUAUGCUUCAACGAGAGUCAGCUAAGCGAAGAGCAGCGGAAGAAGGCGGGGCCCCAGCUUGGGUGGCACUUCGCCGGCGGUGCCAAAUUCAUGCCGCACAUGGACAGCUACGUCAGCCCUGUUGCGCCGGAUCAGAAAUGCCUAACGAUAGUUCGGGCAGCCUGGCCGGGAAUAUCGGUCAUCGGGAACAUACACCAGCAGAAGUACCUGUGGGAGUUCAAUUUGGAAAACGCUAACUUGGGUUUUGCUCCUUCUCUGUGUAGCGAUUAG